AGCAGCGGUCCGCCUGAGGAGGUGAUAGAUGCGCGCGCACCUGGUAGCGUUCGCUAGACUGGAGUAGUUGAAGCGAAUUAAAGUGGCGCGAAAUCUUACAAAAGUCUAACCAUUUCAUAAGUACAGAGUUCACAAAGUUCUUCGGUUUGCACUGAAAUUUCCUGUCAUGAGCUAUUUCCAGAUUGAUCACAAUGCCGUCCACGCCCAUUUCCUGUCAUGAAAUGUCACAUGACUCGGGCUCAUCUGCUUCCUUGGUUGACCUGAAGCUGACUCACCUGGACUGGGACGCUGAGUCGGCUCUGAUCCAUUUCCAGGGCCAGUACCUGAGCACGUGUGAGGCGGACUACUGCGCCCUGACCGCAGAAAUCCAGCGGUUCCCGAAGACCCACGUUGCUGUGGACGUCGGUGAGAUCUGCCUGGUGGAGGACAGGGACUCGGCUCAGUGGUUCCGAGGGAGAGUUCAGAACAGAGAGGAGAGCUCGUACGACGUUCUCCUGAUAGAUGAGGGGAACGUCGUGACGGUUGACGUUUCCCGCAUAUCGUCCUGCCCAGAGGAGCUGCUCUCUUUGCCUCCAAAACUGAUCUGCGGGUUUCUGGCAGAUGUCUUGCUCUUUCAGAGCUGUUGUCAGUCUUCGGUGGACAAGUUCUUCUCUAACCUGAUUGGCCGAAACCUCACAGGCUUUGUUCACGGGACUCUUCCUCACCACGUCGUCUUACUGGAAGCUCCCGAAAUCAACCGUGACCUCGUCCAGCAUGGCUUUGGGCGGCACGUGGACUCAGAUACCUUCCUGUGUUUGGUUGAGAUGCUCACAGACGUAGAAUUUGUUCAAAAGUCCGACCCCCUGAGUGGGAAGCAGAGAGUUCGACCCCUCCUGCAGAGGUACAGAGACUUCCUGUCCUUCUGCGGGCCCAGGUUAGCUUGUGGAACUGAGGCUGAAGUGCGGGUUACAGCUGCUUUCAACAUGGGCCUGUUUUACUGUCGGAUGGUGAGCUCAGAGGCGGAUCUCAGCAAAAUGUCCAGUCAGAUAGGUGCCUCGUGUGACCGUGAGCAGAAGAGCCAGCAGAGCCUGGAUGAACUGUGUGCAGUGAAAGGAAAAGAUGAGAAGUGGUACCGAGGUUUCCUUCUGUCCGCCCCCAUCCCAUCUCACCUUAAAGUUUUCUUCAUCGACUGCGGAUACUUUGAAACAGUCAGAGCCGACAGCGUCCACAAGCUGCCUGCGCUUGGUUUUAAUUCGGCCCCCCUGGCCUUCCCCUGCAGACUCGCCGCCGUCACCGACCGGGACGAAAAAGCGUUCAGGGCGGGACUUCUCGGUGGAGUUCUGACGGUGAACAUCGGCGGUUUCCAGAAAGAGCCGUUUCUGUACACAGUCACCAUAACUGGGGUCAAAGAGGAUCUGUCGACAGACCCAGAGCCUCCGGAGGAGCCAAGCUCUAAAGCCAGGCCCCUCCCACCCCCAAAGGGCGCCGAGUUUGAUGGGUCGGUCAUGUGCGAUCUCCUGAGCCAAACGCUGGCAGAGGAGAAGAUACGGGGCGGCUCGGCCUUUGAGGGCUACGUCCAGUUCGCCAAAGACCCAGAGAACUUCUGGGUGGUCUCAGCCAGCGGUCGCGACGCCUGUCAGGAGAUGGCGGCAAAAAUGAAGGAGCACUAUGAAAAACAGAAGCUGUGUGAAGACGUCCUGGUGGACCCCAAGCGGGGGGCCAUGUGCUGUGCUCUGUACGAGGCGGACAUGCACUUCUACAGAGCCGUGGUGCUGAACAACCUCAGCUACGGAGCCGAGGUUCUCUUCAUCGAUUAUGGGAACAUCGAGAAGGUUCCUCACAUCGCAAUCAAGAACCUCCCAGAGACUUUUUCCAGCAGACCCGCUUUUGCCGUCUGUUGUGGUCUAGAUAACGUGGUUCCUACUGACGACUUCUGGACGACAGAGUCAUGUGACUUUUUCAGAGAAGCUGUGAUGGGCAGAACCCUGCAGGUCCACGUGGUCCAAAUAAGAAAACACAAAGUGAUCGUAGACCUCUUUAGGAAAGGAAGUCCAGCCAGCGUCGCUGAGCUUCUCACCUCCUCUAAGCUAGCCCACUACAUUUCCAUGGUGCCAAAAAACCAAGGGUCUGGGCCCAGCGCCACCACGGCCCGCACCUACCACGAGGAUGUCGGGAGGAACCACUUUAAAAACGGCGCUGAGCACGUUAAAGGCCUCGCCGGCUUCACGGCGUUGAGUUUGAAGCCUGGCAGCCAGUUUCCUGUGUGCUGUUCUCACAUCAGCUCUCUGUCAGAGUUCUGGUGUCAGCCUCGAGUCACGGCUCCUGCUCUGGAGGAACUGAUGCUAGAAAUUCAGCAGUACUACGACAAGCACACGGUCCCCUUCCAGCCGGGGGAUCGGUGCUGUGUGGUCAGGUCCCCUCUGGAUGACCGCUGGUACAGAGGGGCGGUGGUAGAGCAAAAGACGGAUGCUUUCAGAGUGAUGCUUGUGGACUGGGGUCCGACCCUCCAGGUCACAGCGGACCGUCUUCAGGGACUGAAGCUGGAAUUCGUUGGUUUGGAAGGACAAGCUUUCCGCUGCAGCCUGAACCGCCCGCUCAGCCGUGACGGUCCGGACGGCGCUGACCUGCUGCGCACCUUUGUGCUCGACGGUCCCGAACACUUGGAGUGUCAGCUGGUGUGUGUGUUAAAGGUCAAAGGUGAAGGGCCGUGCCAUGUGGUGCGGCUCUACAACACCCUCACUCGGCAGUCUGUGAACAGCAGGCUGGCCGAGCUCGGCCCGACCGGAGACGGAUCAGAACCGACGGCCGCAGUGUGUCCGGAGUCCUUCGUCUACUCCGCGUUUGGCCUGAGCGCUGGAAACAGAGAGCGGGUCUACGUCACCCACGUCAGCAGUCAGAGAGAGUUCUACUGCCAGCUGGGCAACAACACGGGCGCCAUGAAGGAGCUGGACAGAGUCACAACGGUGCUGUGCGAGAGCGGGCAGCCGAGCGGCUGGGACGGAGUCCAGAAGAAGCCGUGUCUGGCCAAAUAUCUGGACGGGAAAUGGUACAGAUGCUCCGUCCUGCGCGCUGCGGCGCCGCCGUACGUCUUUGUGUUUUUUGUGGACUAUGGAAACACGUAUAUCUGUGAGAAAAACAACAUCGCAGCUAUUCCUGCGGCCUGCAGGUGUCUGCUGGACACGCCCAUGCAGGCGCUGAAGUGUAACCUGGUGGCAGUGUCCAACCGCCCUCUGUGCGCAGACGCCAAAGGCUGGCUGAUGGACGCGGCUCUGGACAGGUCCAUGACGGCCGUGGUGACGGGGAGGAGGAAAGACGGCUCGUUUGACGUGGACCUGUAUGAUGGAAACGUCCACGUUAACCAGAAGGUCAGAGAGCUGCUCGCCAAGCUGUCACUCAAUCCAGCCGCUCUGACAAACGCCUGCAACAACAAAAAACGCCAUUCCAGAAGAAACGGCAGGAAUCCAGAGAGGAGGAACACGCCGCCUGCCGCCAAAGCCUCCAGAAACUCGCUGUGGGAGGACAAGACCAAAGACCUGCAGAAGGCUGAAGACAAGGGAGAGUGCAAGAAGAGGACGAAGAGCUCCUCCAACGCCAAACAAGCACGGAAACCAGUUCUGUCACCACAGCAAAGUCACGGCGAGGAGGAACGGCGCCCUCCGGUAACGCCUGUGAUCAACAAGAAGAUUGGACCCGGGUUCAGGGCCAGAGCGUUCACCUCCUUCUUCACCUCCGUCAGCAGCUUCUUCCUCCAGCUCUCUGAGGACCAGGCUGCCAUCUGGAAGAUGGAGGAAGAUCUCAACUCGGACGCCGUCAGGGACUCCCUGACGCCCGUUUCCUGUGUGAGGAACGGCGACAUGGUGCUGGCCGAGUUCGUGGAGGACGGCGCUCUGUACCGCUCCGUGGUGCAGAGCCGGGAGGGCGGCUCCUUUGGCGUGGACUUCAUAGACUACGGGAACUCUGCAGCGGUUGGCAGGGAGAAGAUCUUUGCUCUGCCGGAGGAGCAUCGGCGCCAGCACAGGCUGAGCGUGGCGUGCUCGCUGCUGCACGCCAACACCUACACAGGUGAUGCUGCGCUCGCCGACGCCAUGCUGGAGACGCCACUUCUGGUUGAAUUUGUUUGUCAAAGCGGACUUCAGUGGCAGGUCCGCGUGGUGGUUCUGGAUCCGAAGGAUGAACCUGAAGGUGAAAGUGAAUGUCAGAAUAGGACACGCCCCCCAGGUUCACCUGCAGAGCAGUCAGGAGUGUGUGAAGAAGAGCUCCAGAACACAGAACCUCUUCCAGCAUCAACCAUCAAAGCUGGAGACCCAGAACCUGGGAUGGUUCUGUCGGGCCGGAGCGCUGGACUCCAGGAGGUCCAGUCAGAGCGUCUGGAUGGGGGGGUCCAGGUGCAGAACAGCCUCUGUCUGCAGAACGCGGAUGAAGACCUUUUCCUUCUGGAUCCUACAAGACCCGCCAAGCAGCAGCGGCGUGGCCUCCCGCGCCUCGCCGUCAGCACAACCCCCCAGUGUGGGGUUGAAGGAACCUGGACGCAAACGUGGAACCCCAAAGCAGAAGAGGAGCUGCUGCUCUGUGAGGAGGACGCCAAAGCAUCAGAGGAGGAGAUUCUGGCUGAAUCGUUCUCAGAAGAAGGUCCCGCGGCCCCCCAGCCCCUCCACACCGCUCCCGUUGAAACAGACCGAGCGUACGCCGGCGUGGCGGCUUCCGUCACCACGCCCUCCGACUUCAGCGUGGCCCUGGACGGGUGGCUCCUCUCCAUGGUGGAGGUGUCCCUGCUGCUGGACGAGCUGGUGGAGGCGGCGCCGCCUCUCUCGGACGCCCUGCCGGGAUCCUGCUGCUUGUUUCAGGCGGAGCAGAGGUGGUGCAGGACUCAGAUUGUCGGCACGGACUCCGCCCUGAUCCUGGACCUGGUGGAUUAUGGCUACCAGCGGUGUGUGCCGCUCCAGCGCUUGUCCGAGCUGAAGAAGCUCCCGGAGGAGCUUUCCAAGAUCCCCAGGCUGACCCUCUCCUGCUGCCUGAGGGGAGUCAGGGCGGCUGCUGGGCGCUGGUCCGAGGAGGCGGCGCUCUUCUUCAAGGAGCUCGUGUGUCAGAAGAACCUCCAGAUCUUCUUCAGAGAGCGUCUGUCGGGCUCCCGCUGGGGGGUGGAUGUUGUUGCUGAUGGCGUCCACGCCGCCACCGAGCUGGAGAACGCUGGCCUGGCGCUCCAGAACCAGAGUCCAGCUUCUGCUGAAGAUGAGGGACAGGAGGUGGAGAUGAAGACGGAUGACCCCCCCACGCCGCUGUAAGAUUUUCCUCAUCAGGACAAGUUUCUGUGACCAAUCAUGUGACGGGCAGACCGCCGCCUUUAGGGCCACGCCUCCACGCUCACCUUUAGCCCCUCCUUCAACUGAUGGCAGCAGACUCACGGCCUACAGGAAGGGGUGAUCGUUCCCCUUCAAAAUAAAACACUAUCAUUUCAAUUGAGCUUAAAUUUUCUGUUUUAAGUUAAAAGUUUGGCUCUUCAUGAGUGAAUAUCACUCUGUUUAUGUUCAUUUCUAAAUACAACAGAACAAUAAAGGCUGUGUGACACAUUC